AUGUUGAAGGCGUCAUCGUGGUCUGUCGGCUACGUAAAUGCCGAUGGUCCGUUCAGUAGCAAAAGUCUGAGCGUAAAAGCUCAGAAAAAAAUACUCAGUAAAAUCGCCAAUCGUACAGUCGCACAUCAUUUCAUCAGCGACCAGUCAGCUCGCCUUUUGGACAACUUGUACAAACUUUUAAAAGAAUUCUAUACGAAAAAGGAAGCGGAAAAGGUUGUGAAGAAUAUUAUAAAGAUGGCGAUCAAAAUCGCGGUGCUCGGCCACAACGAUCAGUUUUCACCCGCAGACCUAUCGAUUUUCUCGAAGUUUCAGGAAAAGCUGCAUUCUAUCAUGUUGUCCGUGGUCAGUUUUCAUCAGGUCGAUUUUUCAUACGACAAGCUCUACCUGCGCAAAUUAAUCGGCGAAACGGAAAACCUUCUGACGAAUCUGAUAGCCAGCCAUCUGACCGAAAAAUCGGUGCAACGAGUUCACAUGGUGUUUCAGUACCUUGGUGCCACGGAGUUCCUCGACUUUCUGUUCACUCAUGGCGGUGGUGGCAAGCAAAUCAGCAACAGCAUGAAGAAGCUAAUUUUCGAUGACAUCGGCGAGUUGCUGACCAGAGGCGAACUAUGA